CAUGCUCCCGACGUCACCUCUCUGUGGUCUUCCGUGUCAAGAUGGCGGCAUCCAUGGCAUCCCAGGCUGCAGCAAGAGGACUGAGGACAGCAACCUCAAAGCACAUACUUCUGGACAAAGUGAAGUGCACCUGGUUGAGUCCCAGGAGGUGGCUGAAUCUGCAAGAGUACCAGAGCAAGAAGCUGAUGCAAGAGAGUGGCGUGGCUGUCCAACGAUUCUAUGUGGCCGACACAGCUUCUGAGGCCCUGGAGGCUGCGAAGAGACUCAAUGCCAAGGAGAUCGUGCUGAAAGCUCAGAUUCUGGCCGGUGGCAGAGGCAAGGGUGUGUUUGACAGUGGCCUUAAAGGUGGAGUGCACUUAACAAAGGACCCUGCUGUGGUUGGUGAACUGGCUAAUAAGAUGCUGGGUUUCAACCUGACUACCAAACAGACACCGAAAGAUGGAGUGAAAGUGAAAACGGUGAUGGUUGCUGAGGCCCUGGACAUUAGCAGGGAGACAUACUUUGCCAUUCUGAUGGACCGCUCCUGUAAUGGUCCUGUCAUGGUAGGAAGCCCCCAGGGAGGUAUGGAUAUUGAGGAGGUAGCCGCCAGCACCCCAGAACUCAUCUUUAAGGAAGUCAUAGAUAUAUUUGAAGGUGUGCGAGACGACCAGGCACUUCGCAUGGCAGCUAAUUUGGGUUUCAAAGAAGCGCUGCAGAGACAGGCAGCAGAUCAGAUUAAGAAGCUCUAUGAUCUGUUUCUGAAAGUCGACGCCACUCAAGUCGAAGUCAAUCCUCUCGGAGAGACUCCUGAAGGACAAGUGGUUUGCUUUGAUGCGAAGAUCAACUUUGAUGACAACGCUGAGUUCCGUCAGAAAGCUGUGUUUGCCUUGGACGACAUGACUGAGAGCGACCCCACAGAGAUGGAGGCAGCCAAGUGGGACCUCAAAUAUAUCGGACUGGACGGAAACAUUGCCUGCUUUGUGAAUGGAGCCGGUUUGGCGAUGGCCACAUGUGACAUCAUUGACCUGCAUGGAGGAAAGCCAGCUAACUUCCUGGACCUUGGGGGAGGAGUCAAAGAAAGGCAGGUGUACGAGGCCUUUAAGCUGCUCAGUGCUGACCCUAAGGUUGAGGCCAUCCUGGUCAACAUCUUUGGUGGGAUCGUUAACUGUGCCAUCAUUGCCAACGGCAUCACCAAGGCCUGUCGAGAGCUGGAGCUGAAGGUGCCGCUGGUGGUCAGGCUUGAGGGGACCAACGUCCAUGAGGCCAAGAGGAUCCUGAGCGAAAGCGGCCUGCCCAUCACAGCGGCAGACAACCUGGAUGACGCUGCCAAGAAAGCAGUGGCCGCCAUCAAGAAGUAGAAAACUACCAAUGUAACCUAAAUACACUCUGUCCACCCAUCACCUACAUUCACAACAGCCUCAGAUCAUCACCGUUAGCCUUUUUCUACACAUGCAAACCUCCAGGACUGUUUGUUUCAACACUGGCUUCCAGAUAAUACCAGAUAAUACUAUUGCUAACUGAGCAUCUAUUUCACAGGUUUUGAGGUGCUGUAUCACUUAUACUCACUUCCCCUGUGUAGCGCAAAUUAGCUUUGAUUUGUUUUUCUCUAUUAAGUGCAUAUUAAUUUGGAUGAAUCACUCUCAGGAUUGUUAUUAUUUUAAAUCAUGAAAGCCGAUAAUCUUGUCAUGGAAUAUUAUAAAGCUCUAGUGACCUUUGUCAGAAAUUGGACAGAGCCCCAAAACAUUGUGCAUUCCAUUUUCCAAGGCAAAAUAGGUGGCUUUCUCUCUGCCUGUUGUGACAUUUGUAUGGAAUAUUAGUUAGAGACAUCUCCUCCAGCCUUGGCUUAAGGCACAGCGUGACUGAAACGUGGGCUGUGAAAACAUUUGAUGGCUAAAACGAAAGGCAGCAUUACAGCGAGCUGUAAACUUUGCAUCAGUCAGUCUGUUUUUUUAGUGACUUAAUUGUCCAAGUUAAUGCAAAUCCAUUAUUUCAUUCGAUGCCUUAUCUGUGUCUCAAAUGAGUUGGGUGACGUACCCACACUGUGAAUUUUGUACAUCAUGUCUUAAACGUCUGUUUAUCAUUAACAGUGUGUUGCCUGCUUAAAUCUGUGCCUAUUUCAUGAAGGCAAAAGGGUUUUGGAACCUAUCUUGCCAACUCUUUGAGCCCCAGCACUACUUUCAUACAGAGGUGUUCAGAAAACAACAUCAAAAAAACAAUUGUACUUAGCUUUUUUAUAAUCAUGAAAUGUAUAUUGACAGGAUAUCUUGAAUACAGUGUGAAAACAGUGUAUAUAAUUUCGGAGAUUAAAAGCAAAUAUUUCAA